GCCAAGCGCUUCACCACCGUGUACAACCUGCGGGCGCACAGCCGCGCCCACGAGCAGGAGGCGGCGCACAAGUGCGAGGCGUGCGGGCAGCGCUUCCCCAGCGCCGCCCGCCUCGCCGCCCACCGCCGCCGCAGCCACCUGGAGCCCGAGCGGCCCUACCGCUGCGACUUCCCCGGCUGUGAGAGAACGUUUAUCACAGUGAGUGCAUUAUUCUCCCACAAUCGAGCCCACUUCAGAGAGCAGGAGCAGUUCUCCUGCUCAUUCCCUGGCUGUAACAAGCAGUAUGACAAGGCCUGCCGACUGAAAAUCCACAUGAGGAGUCACACAGGUGAAAGACCUUUUAUCUGUGACUUUGAAGGCUGUGGCUGGUCUUUUACUAGUAUGUCCAAGCUUCUGAGGCAUAAAAGGAAACACGAAGAUGACAGGAGAUUCAUGUGCCCAGUAGAAGGCUGUGGGAAGUCCUUCACAAGAGCAGAACACUUGAAAGGCCACAGUAUAACUCACCUUGGUACAAAACCAUUUGAGUGUCCAGUAGAAGGCUGUUGUGCAAAAUUUUCAGCACGAAGUAGUCUGUAUAUUCACUCCAAAAAACAUCUUCAGGAUGUGGACUCGUUAAAGACUCGGUGCCCUGUUUCCAGCUGCAAUAAACUCUUCACUUCCAAACACAAUAUGAAGGCUCACAUGGUCAAGCAGCAUAACUUCAGCCCAGAUCUCCUAACCCAGCUGGAAGCAACCAGCUCCCUCACCCCCAGCAGCGAACUCACUAGUCCAGGGCAGAGUGAUCUCAGCAACAUCGACCUCGUAUCCCUGUUUUCCAAUGUGUCCAGUAACAAUUCUGGAAUUACCAUGGACAUGGCGCUGGUGAACUCUGGAAUUGUCACGAUCGAUGUAGCUUCGGUGGGCUCGACGCUCGGAGGGAACCUGCCUGUCAGUAACAAUUCCCUGAACCAGGCAGUGGAUCCCUUGAUCCUGGUGGCGAGCAGCGACAUGCCCCAGAGCCUGGACAGUUCUCUCCUGCUGGGAACCAGUGCAACGGUUCUACAGCAAAGCACUUUAAAUUUGGAUGAUGUACAGACUGUCAAUGCCGAAGCCUUGGGUUCCCUGGCAUCUCUGUCAGUGAGGAAUUCUGGUCAGGAUGUGCAUGGGUUGACAUCCAGCAAUAAUUUAGCAAUAGACACAGCCACUUUGACUCCUUCCAGCAGCCUCGGCAGCACCACUGUGCCUGAGUUACUGACACCAACUAAAGCUGAACGGAAUUUGCUUCCCAGCUCAGAUGUGGUUGGUCAGCAGGAGGGCAGCAAAGUAGUGACACAGUUUGUGUUCUCCAACCCCCCGGGGAGUUACAGUGCACAGAAGGAAAUGGAUCUUGGCGCAGUGACUGGCAGCUCAUUUUUGGAGAGCAGUGGGUCUGCAAGAACAGACUACAGAGCCAUUCAGCUGGCCAAGAAAAAGAAACAAAAAGGGAAUGGCAGCAGCACAGGGGCAUCUGGCUCUGGGCAGAGGAAAAACAAGGGUGGUAAAGUAAGCCCUACCAACUUUUCUUCAUCUGCUCCUGGCGGUCGAGUGGGUGGUAACAUAGUUCUGCCAAAUGGAGGGCUGACAAUAAGGGACCCUGCCACUGGAGCCCAGUAUGUGCAAAUUCAGCUUCUUCAGGAUGAUUCCCCAGGAGAGGGAGAUCUUCCCUUUCAGCUGAGCUCUCAGUCUUCUUCAUCACAUUCUCAGCUUACAGUGGAUUUACCUGUUCACAUACUUCAGGAACCACAUAAUUCCACUGAAGAUGAUGCAGGUUCUGAUAACUCUCAGUUCACUGGAAGCACAAUAAAUUUACAGGAUCUGGAAUGAUGAUUAUUAUGAACAGUUACUUGAAAACAAGUUGAGCAAUCAUGACAGAGUGAGAUUACUGUGUGGAUCUUUUUCCAAGGAAAAUAUGAAAAGUAGGAGAACUGAAGUAUGGUUGCACUCUUUGUGAUUUGCUUAAGACAGUUGCAGGUGAAAGAUUUUCUUUAAAAAUGUAAAUCCCACUUGAUGUGCCUGUGUAAGAUACCCUGUCUGCCUGGUGGUUGGGAGGCUGAGGCAGACUGCUGUACAGUGUUGUUUCAGGGAGAAGUACUUUAUUACACUUCAAACUGAGGUAAUAUUUACUGUUUUCACAGGAAAGCAAGUAUUCUACAGCUAACAAGUGCAAAUUUAUAAUCCUGCCUAUGAAAGUUAAAACUGUCCUUCCAUUGGUCUCCUCCUGGAGCCAGUGCAUCAAGGAGUUAAGAGCUAAAUUUUGCAGGUGUUUUCAACACACAGAAAAAAGGAUUGUUACGGCCCCUGUGUUUGGCAGAAAACCGGAAUAAAGUGUCACAUGUAACAGAGUUAAUGUUCUAUGCCAUGAAAAUGAGAUGCUCUAAAAUCUUUGUUUUAGAAAGCUAGAUUCUAAAUGUUAACUUAGCUGUGAAUCAGUUUGUAGCUCAUGUUGAGUUUCUCCCUUUCCUUGCUCCUGCAUCCUAAAUACUUUGCUGAAUUCUUCCAGCAAAACUUGAAAAAGAAAACUGCAAUAGAACUGUACUCACUGUAAGUGAUUAGCUAAGAGUCCAACAGCAUCUGAGAGAGGUUUGUUUUAUCUUUGUGUUCCCUUUUUUGGGAGGAAUGUUGACUGUCAUGUAAAUUUAAGCACCUUGAUUUUUAUCUCAUCUAUAAACCGCUGCCAAGUUACCUGUCAACUGGUCACUACCUUUUUAUUUAGGGUUGUUUGGUGUUUUUGUUUUGCUAAUUGAACACAUGUUAGCCCAUGUUCUUUAUUGCUAUCCCAGAGUGUCACAUAUACCUGGAGCUUCUGGCUGGUUUACAAAAAAUGCAGUUGUCAGAGUAUUUUGUGAGGGGGAAAGAAUUGUUGCCCAGGAACAUUUGCCCCUGAAAAACUGCAGUUUCUCUUGGGGGUGGGGGAGAGGUUGUAUGUACUCUACUUACCAGUAUACACCUAAAUAAAUAAGUAAAGGGUUGUAUAGGGAAAAAAACCACCUUUGGUUACGUUUUAAGGUAGUAAUUUAAAUGUUUCCUAUGGUGAUGUUCUGAAUGCCUGUAAAAGUAUGUAUAGGAGUUUGAUAAAAGGCUGUUUGUACUUUUUUUUUUAUUCUCAGUGAGGUGUGUGUAUGCACGUAUGUGUAUUUACCUUUUUUUUUUUUUUUACAAAAUGAGAUAUGUCACAGAGGAGAACGUUGUGAUCUUUUUAAACUUGCACAUAUUUAUUUAUUUUACAGUUAUACUGAUGUUAAAUUCACAUGAGGUCAUUCAGAAAUGCUUUUACUUCCUGUGCCUUUUGAACUAUGUAUGUGUCCAUAUAAAUGCUUUUUUGACUGCAGACUUGGGGAGGAAAAAAGCAUACAAGUUACAAUGAACUUCAGCUCCUGAUUUUUAGGCAGUAUUAUAUCUCUGGUUGAACCAGCUUUAUUUUUCUAUCUUUAGCCUAACUGAGCAUUGAGGUCUCUCUGUUCCUCUCACUCUGAGUUUACAGCUUACAUCCAGGGAAAGUCUGAACCCUCUCAGGCUGGGUUUUCAGACCACCUGGUAGCUGAGAUCUACCUGGUGGCUGUGACUGCAGCCUGGAGUCCACUCCUGAGAGGUGGAAGGAUUGAGGAGGAAUUGUGCUGAAGGGUCUUGCUCUAGUGCUCACCGUGCUCUCCCUGGAAGCUGAGACACCUUGAGCUCCCAAUGCCUGCAUUAUUCUGUUCUCAAGGACCAUACCAGUUUGUAAUCUUAUUAAAAUGGCCAAGGAGCACUCCAUCUUUUUAUGGGACUUGCAACCAAAUCUUUCUACUUCUGAAAAUGUACCUCACUCAGCUUUGUAAGUGAAUGUAAAGUGCUAACCUCUUGAGGGCGGAAACUUGGAUCACUUGGCUUGGGCUCCAUUGCUGGCAAUGGAUACCUGAAGAACUGCUGGUGCAAAAGGGUUAAUAAAGCUUUUUUUUUUAUG